AUGAGCCGCUCUGCUCUGGCCCCGGGCCCGGACAAGGCCGUGAUGAGGAAGUCCUCAGACUCCUUUCUCCCGCGGGAGGACGACGAGGACUCGGUGUGUUCAGAUGAGCUGCUGGGCUCCCAGUCCCGCAAGUGGCUCACGGACAUGCUGAACGAGUUACCGGGAGACUUCCAAGGAGCGGACACGGACACAAAGGGCCGUGACGGACUGUACGUGGACAUGCACUUCCCCCUGGGGAAGCUCGAGAUGGUCUCCGGAGUCAAGUGGAGGAGACCCCCGGAGUUGUGUGCGUCCCCAAAGUUCAUUGUGGACGGAGCGUCUCGACUGGACAUCUGCCAGGGAGAACUCAAUGACUGCUGGCUGCUCUCGGCCAUCGCCUCCUUGUCGUUGCACCCAGACCUCUUCCAGAAGGUGGUUCCUCCAGGACAGGACUUCCAGCAGCACUACACCGGCUGCUUCAUCUUCAAGUUCUGGCAGUAUGGGGACUGGGUGGAGGUGUGUGUAGAUGACCUUCUGCCUUGUGAGGACCAGAAGCUGCUGUACCUCAGCUCUCCAGAGAAGGACGAGUUCUGGAGCUCUCUGCUGGAGAAGGCCUACGCCAAGUUGAAAGGCGGGUACCGGGCCCUGGACAUGGGCUUCCCUCAUGAGGCCAUGGUGGACAUGACGGGGGGCGUGGCCGAGGUCCUGACCGUGAGUGGUUUACCCACAAACCUCAGCGGCUUCCUCCAAUCACUGCUUCACAGAGCCCUGAUCAACUGUGCCAACUGCCAGGGCCCAUUAGAGCAGAAGAACCCCAUGGGAAUCAUGUUCCGACACGCUUACUCACUCACAGCCGUGGAAAAGACUGAAGACCUGCUCAGACCUCAGACCGAAGUCCUACUCAGACUGAAGACCUGCUCAGAACUCAGACCUGCUCAGACCGAAGCCCUGCUCAGACCGAAGACCGAAGUCCUACUCAGACUGAAGACCUGCUCAGACCUCAGACCGAAGCCCUGCUCAGACCGAAGCCCUGCUCACACCUCUGUGAUGUCUCCAUAG